AAGCCAACCUCACCAGUCACCACCGUGUCCGCCUUCUCUUUCCCCCAACCGCAUCGCAUCGCACAGGUCGGCGACCGCCGGAGGACGACGAGGAGGAGACGAGCAACAAGUUGAAAUCAAGGUGGCCUAUUCUCCUCCUCCUCAUCUGACGAUAUGGUCUGCGUCGCGUGCUUGCUGCCCCUCUUCUUGAUCCCGGUGGUCAACGCCCUCCCUUACCUCUUCGACCUCAUCCUCAGAAAGGUGUAUCAGCUAUUUGGAUGGGAAUACAGGAGACCUGAAAGAGUCCCACCUGCUUGUCCUUAUAAGCCUGCAGCAAAGAAGAACGAUGAAGGUGCAAGCGAUUCAAAACCCCUAGUUGAAUCCCAAGGUGCUGCCGCAGAAGAUAAGAAAGAUGAAUGAUGCAUGUAUUCACUUGGUUCAUGUCAGCUGAUGCUUAAAUAGUUCACGCUUUCUGUGAUCAUACCAUAACUAAGAAAUAAUUGUUGUCAUGAAUAUAUAUUUGACUAUGGGUUGAUGAAUGUACUUCUAAUUCCACCUGUAAUCCUUACCAGUUGCGUGACUGUGAA